UUUUGCCCUUCCACAGCUCAUCAAGGAGCUUCACAACCUGAACAUCCAGUGCUCCUAAACAUGGUAAAAUCCUUUCACACUCCCGAGGCAAUAAAGGGAACAAAACAACACAAACAAGGAGCAAUUUAAGCCCUUACCAAGAUUAUGACCCAAAAUUAAUCUAUUAAAAAGAGUUGUGUGGAAAACACCGUGUCAUCAAUAACAUUUUACACCAGAAGGCCUGGCAGAUGGAAAAGUUCAGAACCAGUUUAAUCAGCAACGUGCCCGUCUCUCAAUUUUAUCUUCCCAGGUAUCAGCCUACAUUCAGGAGGGGUUACACUCGUUCAAGCACACACAGUUUAAUGAUCAACCCGCGCCUCUGCCUCUCCUAAAAUGAAGAGGGGUAUAAAUAGAUCAAGUUCUGCAACUCAGAGAAGCCACAGAGCACAAGCUAUCACUGGGAGAAGUCUCUGCCUCCUGAGCAGAGAACCAGGAGCAGGAAACAUGAAGAUCAUUCCAGUUUUACUGUUCCUGGCCCCCCUGGCUCUCCCAGCUGGAGCUGACAAGGAUUUUUUCUCCGUCGGUUCCGCCGGAUCUCCCGAAACGAAAUCGAGAUUUGCGAUGUUGGACGAUGUCCGAAUCCUGGCCAAUGGACUCCUCCAGCUGGGCCACGGCCUCAAAGAUUUUGUCCACAAGACCAAGGGCCAGAUGAACGACAUCUUUCAGAAACUCUACAUUUUUGACAGGUCCUUUUACGAGCUCUCCCUGCAAACCAGCGAAAUCAAGGAGGAAGAAGAACAGCUCCGGCAAACCACGGCCAGGCUGCAAAUCAACAAUGAGGAGAUAAAGAACCUCUCACAGGAGAUGAACCUGAAGAUUGAAGACCUCAUCCAAAACAAAAUCCAGCUGCAGGAGCAAGUGUGGGGACUGGAGGACAAGGUCACCAAACUGGCCAUUAUCCAGCCUUUGGUGCAAGACACAAAAGAAAUUUCUUCACUCAAAGCUUUCAUGGAGCAGCAGGACAAUGACAUCAAGCAGCUCCUCAAAACUGUGGAGGACCAGCACGUGCAGCUGGACAGGCAGCACAACCAGAUCAUGGAGCUGGAGGACAAGCUAAACUACAUCGAGCUCCAGGAACUGGAGAAUUCCUUCAUGGAGGAGCACCAGGAACCAGAGCUCAUCCCCUCUGCUGUGCACAAGCCCACGGCUGGGACAUACAGGGCUGAUGGUGCUGCUGCUGACUGCACUGCUCUCUACCACACCGGGGUGCAGGCCAGUGGGGUCUACACUAUUCAGCCCAAUGGAUCAGAAGCUUUCAAUGUCUACUGUGAAAUGAAAUUUGGCACAUCCUGGACUGUAAUCCAGAAGAGAGUGGAUGGAUCAUUGGAUUUCAACCAAACUUGGGAUGCCUACACAAAUGGUUUUGGUGACCUCAAUGAGGAAUUCUGGCUGGGCCUGAAGAAGAUCUACUCCAUCACCAAGCAGGGCAACUACCUGCUGCGGAUCGAGCUGCAGGACUGGCGGGGGAACAGGAGGCACAUCGAGUACAGCUUCAGCCUGGGGGGCCCCAGCACCAACUUCACCCUGCAGCUGUCCAGGAUGUCCGGGAGCAUUCCCAACGCGCUCCCGGAGCACGCGGAGCUGCGCUUCUCCACCGCAGACCGGGCUGGGGACACGGCCAGCGACUCCAACUGCCCCGAGAAGCACCUAGGAGGCUGGUGGCACAGCGACUGUGAGGAAACCAACCUGAACGGGAAAUACGUCAUGCCAAGGUCCAGGGGAAGGCUGGACAGAGGAAAAGGCUUAUACUGGAAGCCUAAGAAAGGAAGAUACUACCUGCUCAAGUCAACCAAAAUAAUGAUCCACCCAACAGACUUAAAAAUCUUUGACUGAGUGCUCAACCUGCUGCAUUUUAACUCAGAACAAACACACUGAACUUUACCGCACCGAAGGACUUGAUGCUGCGUUUACCAACAGAUGCCACGUCCCUGCCCCAUCCAUCCCUGCAUGGAAUUUCUCCAAAACAUAAACCUGAGGCAUCUGAGACAGUCUUACAAAACAGUUGGUGAGUAUUGUCAUUCCCUCUAGCCCCGAUGUCAACGUGCUGCAACUUUUCGUGGAGCUUUUCCCUCCCCAGGAUGAAAUUCUAAUGCCUAGGAGCCAACCUGUCACAUAUUGGAUGAUACUGUUUGGGGGAAUGGGUUUUCAGGCUGUGCAUUCCUUUCUGGGUUGUGUAGUAAGGAAAACAAAAGGGGUUUUCUAGGAACAAAGGGCUGGCAAAACCCUACGGAAAACAUUUAGAGGGAAAAAAAAAAGUAAUUUUGUUUCUUGAUGUAACUAAUUGAAUGUUUGGUUCAUGUUUUUGUUGUGGAAUGUUUUGGGAGCAAUUGAAAUUGGGUAAUUCCUCGUUUUAGAGCUCUGGGUAUUUCCAGAUAAUUUUCCAGGGGUGUAGCUGAGCCAAUCCAUCCUCUCUGGAGCACUGUGCUCACACAGCUGCAGGUGUGUGCACACGGGCAGGCACAGCAGCCCUGCUCCUUGGGAUCCCAGAGUAACUGCACAACUCAAAGUGAAGAGCCAACCUUCAAACUCACUGCUCUCCCCACCUGAAAUGAAUCAGAGCCAAGCCUUUGUGACCUUUCAGUCCAACCAACAAAGGAAUUAAAUAAACAACCAAGUGAGAACACAACAAAACACCUUUCACUUAGGGUCCAUCAGGGUCAAGGGUGCCAGCCCACAAACCCAGUAGGGCACAACCCAUGGCACAGGGCUGGUCCAGCUCCUGGGGACACUCACGUGUUGAAUUUCAGCUGCAGAACACUGAGUGACAGCCUUGGGCUGGCCCUGGAAGUGCUGACUGACAAAGCCCCCAGUCCUGCAGUUCCCCUGAGUCAUAUUGACUUGUUUAUCUUCCCCAACCCUUGUACAGUGUGGAUUUUUUAUCUCAGCACCUGCAGUCGCACAGGAAAUGGUUUUGGUUGUGAUUUGUCAGCGUGAAACUCAGUGAACAGAAUGUGUUAAUUACAGAAAUGCUGCAAAAAACCAAAAAUCCUUUUACUUCUCAUGGGUUUGUAACAGAGAUGAGAUUGUGCAGUGUUGUUUAUUUGUACUGGUUUACUGUAAUGUUAAACUAUCUGUCCAAUAAAUAAAUAGACAAAUAAAUAAA